GUAUAGCUGAAGGUUACAGUGCCCCAGACUUAACCACACGUAAAAUGCAAAAUUUUAUAUCAUAAAUAAAUUUACAGCAUGUAUUAUUCUUUUUACCAAUUCAUAAUAAAUUCAUCUGAUUUAACACUUUCAAAUGUAGUUGUCAAUUGGUUUGACUAAUAUUUCCUGGUUUCUUUAAAAGAAAUAAUAAUACAUCAUAAAUGAAUAAGAAACUAAAAUCUUCUGUCAUUCAAAAAUAUUAGCUAUCUACUAUAUUAGCUAUCUACUAUAAUAAUGUUCAAUUUAUUUUCCCUUUUACUCUUUUAUGCAGUUUUCUUUAUAUCUUCUAACAUGCAAUUUUACACUUUGCUAUUUUUGUUCGAUGUGAUUUGUGAGGUUAACUUGUUGGAUAGAUGUGCUUGCAUCCCUUCUUUUUCGCUACUUUUUAUAUCUAAUUGUUUAUGUCAUUAUUUUUUUCAUUGUCAAUAAAUAAAUCUCUAUUAUAUAGCUAACCUGUCUAAAUAUUGGCAAACAUGUGCUAGUUAUUCACUGCAGAUAAAUGAGAACAAUCUGAUUGGAUAAAGCGUCAUGCAUGGCUGAACUCCAAUAUCCCUGAAGUGAUUUCAGUUAUUUCAGGCUAGUGAGGCAAUCAUUUCAGGUUUGUUCACAUACGCAGUGAAUUUAAGUGAAAAAAAACUAUCACAUACAGAGAAUUGUGCUUAACAAAUCCAGUCAUGUGGACACCUACAAAUAAGAUGAUGAUAGUGACUACUGCAUUGAUAAUGGCUGUGAUCUGUUGUUGCCACUCACAAAUUCAAGUCAUCAGAACUGAGAAUGAAGCAAUGAACUUCAUUGCCAAGCAAAGGUAUAUGAACAAAGACUAUGCUAAAGCAGACAAAUUACAAGCUGUUGUACACAAUUUGGUUUUACAAACUCUGCUGUAUUCAACAGAGCAGCUUGUACCAGAAACUUCUGAUUUGAAAGAUGAAGUCUAUGUCACAAAUGAAACACCAACAACUGGGAAAUCUGAAACAACAAGAGUAAAUAAGACUGCAGAACCCACAACUACAGUGACAAAUGUAACAAUAGAGACUACAAUGAUGACAGUGACAAAUACAACGAUGGAAGCUACAACAAUGAUAGUAACUGAAAUAACAGAGGAACCAGAAAGUCAGUGUCUCAUGGACCUGGAAACUUUUCAAUCGGACAUUUUAAGGGCAGAACAUUAUGCUCUGAUGAUGUUGGAUUCAUAUGGUAAGCUCCCACCUGGUAUUAUGCAAGGCCACAAAUUGUGGCUUGGACUUUAUGAUCAAUGUGUAAACCAGUCUAGGAAAAUUGAUGAUGGCCGGCAAAAUUUCAACGCAGGGUACUGUUUAGCUUCUAUUACAGAAAAGAAUCAACCUCUUGUUAGUGUGGGAGUAUGUGUUCCAGACAGUUGCAAGAGCACUGACUUGGCAGAACUUAUAGGAAGUGAUUCUGUCAAGAAUAUUUUUUCGAUCUCUUAUUUAUGCAGCAAGACACCAGACUACACACCUGCUGCCAUUGCAUGUCUUACAUUCCUCUCUUUCCUCACACUCUUCAUAGCGGUAGGAACCAUGUAUGACAUCUUGAGAAGGUACGAAGUGCUGGGAGGUCGACGAGAUGGAUUUGAGGUGCUGGCAGAGGAUCACAGGGGUGAUCAUACCAUCAAUCGCCCUUCUUCUGACAAGAAUGUAAAGAACAUCAAACCAGAGCAUGAAGAAUUCAUUGUGAAGUUUCUUUUGUGUUUCUCCUUGUUGAUCAAUGGUAGUAAGAUUCUGAAGGCCAAACAAGGGGAAGGAAGUUUAGGAGCACUUAAUGGUAUUAGAGUCCUUAGCUUAUGGUGGGUAAUACUGGGUCACACUUAUAUUUUCCCAGAAAGAUUAUUCAGUAAUCCAACUAUAAUUGUUGAUAUUCUUUCACGAUUCACAUUCCAGGCUAUUGGUAACGCUACCUUUUCUGUUGAUUCCUUUUUCUUUCUCAGUGGCUUACUGGUAACUUACUUAACUUUAAAAUAUUUGCGGAACAAUAAUGGUAAGCUCAACUGGGUAAUGUUUUAUGUCCAUAGAUACCUCAGACUGACUCCUGUUUAUAUGCUUGUUAUUUUCAUCUAUGCAACUUUAACACCAUACUUUUCAACUGGACCAUUUUAUUCAAUUGUUUUUGAUCCAAAUCCUGCACCUGGUAUAAAUAGUCAAACAACAUUAUGCCAAGAUUACUGGUGGACAAAUUUACUCUACAUUAACAAUCUCUACCCCUCAAAUAGUGAUGGAGAAUGUUUUGGAUGGGGUUGGUAUCUUGCAAAUGAUAUGCAAUUUUUCAUUAUCAGUCCCUUUGUAAUUUAUCUUCUCUAUCACUACUUCUUUGCAGGGGUGGUAGCUUGGGGAGUUCUCCUUAUAACAUCAUUUGGGAGUCUGAUUGGCCUUUCCAUCAAAUAUCAUAUUACUGCAAAUCCUUUAUCAGUGAUUCUAGGCCAAACCAAUAUUGGUGCUGAUAAAAUAUAUGUCCAACCAUGGGCUCGUAUUCCCCCGUACCUUGUCGGUAUGGCUGUGGGAUACAUCUUGUACAAAUAUUUGGGACGGGUUCGUAUGCGACAUCAUAUAACCAUAAUGGGAUGGAUGGCAGCAACAGGCACUGGUCUUGCAGUUGUUUAUGGUCUCUAUGGCAGUUAUAAUGGAAAGCUAUUGAGUGAUGGAGCAUCUGUUGUGUACAUCACCCUCUCAAGAUUUUCAUGGGCUGUAGCUCUUGCAUGGGUAGCAUUUGCGUGUGCCACUGGGUAUGGUGGGCCAGUGAAUUCUUUACUUUCCUGGUCAGUAUGGAUACCACUUGCCCGUAUCAGUUACUGCGCUUAUCUUCUUCAUCCCAUUAUCAUGUUUGUCUUCUAUUAUUCCUUACCUACAUUGAUCUAUUUUUCUGAUUUCUUGUUGAUAUAUUUUUUCCUAGGUCAUGUAGUACUUUCUUACGCAGCUGCAUUUGUCUUGUCUGUAUGUAGCGAAGCACCAUUUAUGGCACUGGAAAAAUUACUUUUAAAUCGGGAAAAAAGUGUUUAGAACUGUAGAUCUUUAUUCUUUACCACCCUCCUUUUUAUAAACGUUUGGUAAUGAUUUUAUUUGUUGAAAAUAAUGUGACAUCUAAUAAUAAGAUUUAUAAAGCGUGCAUAUCCACUGCAGCAGUGCUCAAGGCGCUACUAAUAAUAAUAUGUAGUUGAUAUGGCACUCAUGGGAAUGGCUGAUAAUUUUACAAUCUCUAAUUGUGCAGGUAAAUGUAGACCCUGGUAGUUACUAGACAGACACUACAUAAAACUAAAGCCCAAGAUGUAUGAAGGGUGUCCUUAGCACUAGCAACAUUUUUCAAUCCUCAAAAGUUACCAAAACAUAAUACCUUCAUGGGGCUACAGUAUGUACAGCAAAAUUUCAGUUGUUAAGAAAAAUCUGAUUUUUAUAUAUAUGUUAUAAAGAUUUAUAAAUAUAUUAUGGAAUUGCUGGUUUAACUGAAUUCAUACAUUCCUAAACAUGAAAAAAAUGUAAAAUAAGACAGAAAUUUGAUUUUUUUGUGUUCCACACAAAAAAUAAAUGCGGAUAAAUUGUUUAUGUUCGAUUUUGCGAUAGGUCUGCGAAGAAAUAUAGUAGCGCCGGAAACAUUCCCUAUCCAACACUGAUAGGGUAGGUCUAGCCUUACCUCGAUUUAGGUUCUGUUAUCACACAUAAAAACGGCCGACAUGAUAUUUUUUGUUGCUAAUGACACUUGUGAAAUAUAAUAUUUCAUAGGAAUUAUUUCAAAUCUGUUAAAAAAAUUAUUAUGACUGAGAUUUUGACAAUUAAACAAACAUAUCUCAGGCCUACUCGAUCAACCGCAGUGUUCGAGAUGCGAAGUACGAAAACUAAUUUCAUUGGAGAGGGCGCACUUUAAUGACUGUAAAAGUAUACAUAAAAGGGAGAGCAUUCCAGCGGAUGCGAUCUACAACCUCUGAAUUUGCCUAGUAAUGAAGAAUUCAUCGAGAAAAUGGUAAUCUCCUAUG